CGGAGCCGAGAUAUAACAUUUGGUAUCAAAGCUUCUUGUUCCUACAUCCCAAAGGACCAAGAACACACUUCCACUCUUUCUUCUUUCCUUCAUCCUCAUUUCAGCCAAAACAUGUCUCACACCCCCCAAAACAUUACUAGGGAAGAUUUGGUUGCAUCCAAUGCCGAACUCAAAGCUCAAGUUGAGUAUUUGGCCAAACAAGUGGCUCAACUCACCAAGUUGAAAAUGGGCAUGGUCCAAACUCCAGAGGAAAGUGAAGAUGAGCAAGAAGAAGACGUCCAAUCAGGAGUUCCUUCUCCCACCAUAAGGAGAAACAACCAAGAGAAGUCUUCCUCUGAUUUCAAGGUUGAAAUCCCAACCUUUGAUGGCAAGGACGACCCCGAUGAUUUCAUCGAAUGGUUAGAAACGGUUGAACGCGCCUUUGACUAUGCCGAAGUUCCGGAAGACAAGAAGGUCAAGUUGAGAGCCUUGAAGUUUAGAGGCUAUGCUUCCACGUGGUGGGCUAACACUACCACCAAACGCAGAAGAGAAGGAAAAGCCGUCGUGAGAACGUGGACAAAGAUGAUGGCCCUUUUGAAGAAGAAGUUUAUCCCCACUCACUAUGUGAGGGAGAAUUUUGCUAGGCUUCAACACUUGAGGCAAGGCAACCGGUCCGUAGAGGAGUACAACCGAGAGUUCGAGGAACUCUUGAUGAGGUGUGACCUUCAAGAGAACGAUUCACAAACAUUUGUGAGGUACCUAUUUGGCCUAAACACCCAAAUAGCCAACACCGUGGAGCUGCAAACAUUCGAAAGUCUUGAAGAGCUAACUAAGUUAGCGUUGAAAGUGGAAGCCCAACUCAAGAAAGGUCAUUCACAAAUGCACAGGUGUGAGAGAGAACACGUCCUCAAGGUGUUCUAGAGAUAAAGAUAGAUUACCACAUCCAAACCCCAAAGAUGAGCGUGAAGAAAAGCCGAGUUUGAGGGCAAACUCUUUCGAAGAAGGGAAGGAUGAUAUAUAUCCGGGAGCAUGUCCGAAGACUCUCCGUAGCCCGCCAAGGGAUAGACGGAUCAGGGGAAUAAAGCCCAAGUGUGGUG